AUCUCCUUGUGCACCGUCGAAGCUCCCUGCCUGCAUCGCUUCCCUGCCUCCCCGAGCGGAUGUGCCAUCUCUCACCUCGUCCGUGCCUCUGUACUAGAGUUCACCGGAUCCCGCGCGCUGUUGUGCCAUGAUCGCCGUGGAGCUUCCCCGCCGCGCCCCAGCUCGGAUCUUCCUCUACCGGCGCUCGCCCAGUCUGGGCACCGCAGCUUCCUUCUCUGCUCGGCGCCGUCCCUGGCUCCAACUCGGCCAUGGCCGCUGCGCCGCGCCCCUGCGCUCGCCGCUGGAGCUCUCUGUACCGCGCGCCCUCGAGCUCCCACGCGCUCGGCCGCCCAGCUUCCUGCGCCGUAGCUUUUCUCCUGAGCUCCCUCGCCAUGGUCGCCCAGCCCAGCCGUACCUGCUCCCUCCCUGUGCUCGCCAUGGUCGCGCGUUGUCGCCCAGCUAGCCCUCAGCCAUGGACGUGCCAAGCCGCUUCCUUCCUAGCCGGCCGUCGUGGGUACCUGGGUCUCCUCCUAAUUUGAUUUGGAACUGCUGCGCCUCAGCCUCGAUCUGUCGCAUCCCGGCUCAUCGCCGCGCGCGCGCCUGCUUCCUGUGCGCGCAGCCGCUCCCUCCCCAGCCGCAAAGCACCCCGUUAAGUUCUCCUCCGCCGGGUUGUCGUACAUGCGAAACUGCUCGCGAUCGGCAUCGAUUCAACCGCUCGACCCUGUUCCCUGGCCACCGCUCGACUCUGAGCUCUGGUUCCUGCGCGCUGUUGUUCCCCUCGCAGCCUGUGGAGGUGGACCUCGGCAGUGUCCCCAUCGCCGUUGAACUCCCAUACAUGUUCCUCUCUGUUCGCUUGUCGUUGGUUCCGGCCAGGUCUCGCGCGCGUGGUUUUGAAGCUCUGCGCGUUCGUCGUGCCGCGCUGUGUGCUAGUGUUCUCUUCCGGCAGAACUCGCCGUCGACCAUGUUCAAGUGAUUGCUCGGCUCCGCGCCUCCCUUGCAUCUCGCUCGACAGACUGCUCGCUCUGCUCCAGCUCGCGUCCAUGGACAUCGGACUGUAUCCCUCAAGCAGCUGUGUCUCCGUCAUACUUUGGUCUUCAAUCUCGCUGCUGGCAGACACCGGUUCUCAUCCUCGCCAACCCCUGCUCGGCCCCAGCUCGAUCUCCGCCUCGCCAUCACCCUCCGUCGCAGCACCGUGUCGAUGACUUGCGAUUCUCGCCUUUGUGCUCGACACAAGGGCUGAACCGGAAUCCUUGCCAUAUUCGCCGAUAUCAUAUCAAAUUUAGUCAUGGGUAAGCCGAUUCAUAUUUCUGUUAGCUUAAUUAUUGGAUUGAUAAAUGGAUGCGUCUAGUAUUAUUGAAUUAGUUCGAUGAAUGAGAUAUGAUUAUUUUCA